UCAUCUUUCUUAGACCGAUCACGCGCAUCACGACGAAAGACUUUGAAAACCACACCUCCCUCCAUUUCUAAAAUUCGCGUCAAUCAUGAGUACUCCACACGAGCCAGCUGAACCAAUUGCCGACGGCGUCAUUGCUACUGCUAAACAGGCAUGGGGAGACCUGUUCAAGUGGAAGCAGCGCGUCCUCGUGACCAACGAGUAUGGUGAGACCCGUACUGAGUGGCAGGCCCCAGACCGGCUUCAAAAUCCCAUCAGUUUGUGCCUUCAACUCAGCGCACGAGACUGGUUGUUUUUCAUCGUGGGUUUUGUUGCAUGGACUGCAGAUGCCUUUGACUUUCAUGCGUUGUCCAUCCAGACCGUCAAGUUAUCCAAGUACUAUGGUCGCUCCAAAACAGAUGUCACAACAGCAAUUACCCUCACUCUGCUCCUGAGGAGUGUUGGAGCAGCCUUCUUUGGUUUGGCUGGUGACAAAUUUGGUCGCAAGUGGCCGAUGGUUAUCAACAUGAUGGUUCUCGGAGCGCUGCAGAUCGCGACAAUUUACAGUCAGACCUUUCAGCAGUUCCUGGCAGUUCGAAGUCUUUUCGGUCUGUUUAUGGGUGGUGUGUAUGGGAAUGCAAUUGCCAUGGCUUUGGAACAUUGCCCCGUCAACGCUCGUGGCCUGAUGUCCGGCAUCUUACAGCAAGGAUACUCUCUGGGCUAUGUAUUGGCAGCAUGCGCCAAUCUCGGAGUUGGCGGAUCAACGGACAGCUGGAAAACCGUCUUCUGGAUCGCAGCCGGCAUCUCCAUCGGCGUCGGUGUCAUUCGCAUCUUCUUCCCCGAAUCGAAGCAAUUCAUCGAAGCCAAAAAAGCCGGCAAAGUCUCCGCCGACCCAGGAGUCUUCUGGCACGAAACCAAGAAAAUGCUCGCCCAAGAAUGGAAAAUGUGCAUCUACUGCGUGAUCCUCAUGACCUGGUUCAACUACUACUCCCACACCUCCCAAGACAGCUACACAACCUUCAUGCUCACCCAAAAAGACCUCAACAACGCCGCCGCCUCCCGCGCCUCCAUCCUCAUGAAAACCGGCGCCUGCGUCGGCGGUACCAUAAUCGGCUACCUGUCUCAAUUUUUUGGCCGACGUCGCGCAAUCAUCGUCGCCGCCCUCAUCUCCGCGAUCCUCAUCCCAGCAUGGAUCCUCCCCGAAGGUGAGCGCUCCCUUAGCGCAUCGGGCUUCUUUCUACAAUUCUUUGUCCAGGGCGCGUGGGGCGUUAUCCCUAUUCAUUUGAAUGAGUUGUCGCCGCCGGCGUUUCGGUCUUCGUUUCCGGGAAUCACAUACCAAGUAGGAAACAUGAUCUCCUCUCCGUCCGCACAAAUCGUCAACGCGAUCGCCGAGAAAACCUUCGUCGAGUCGCCGUCUGGGAAACAAGCCCCUGCGUAUGGACCCGUUAUGGGCGUGGCGACGGCGAUUAUUGCCACUGGGAUUAUUGUGACGACUGCUUUUGGGCCCGAGAAGAGAGGGAGAAGGUUUGAGAGUGUUGUUGCGGGGGUGAAGGAGGAGGAUCCUGUUGGGGAGAAGGAGAAGGGGUUGGAUGGUGAUGGUGAUGGUGAUGGGGAUCUUGAGGUUGGGUCGGAGGCGGGCAGGAAGGAGGAGGUUAGUAAGGUUUGAGAAAGGUUGGAAAUUUUGUGGGAUGGGAUCUGGGGGAGAUGGAGGAUUGAAAGAUGGAGGGAUGAAAAUACGGAUCGCUUGCGUUGCUUGGUCGCACUGUGCCAUGAUGCUGGGGUUUUAUAGUAGGCCAAGACUGCUGAUUUGCAGGGUUACUUUAAAAAGAUCUACUCUACAACAAGACAAGGCGUGCAUCAGGACUGUACAGUCAAGGUGUUUUAUU